CAGGGUUCUCCGCUCCGCCGCCCUCUUCCUUCCCCUCCCUCCCUCCCUGGCCGCCUGGAAUGAAGAUGGUGGCGAGUGUCCGGGUGCAGAAGCUGGUCCGCCGGUACAAGCUGGCGAUCGCCACGGCGCUGGCCAUCCUGCUCAUCCAGGGCCUGGUGGUGUGGAGCUUCAGCAGUCUGGAGGAGGACGACCAGGGAGAGGGACGGCAGAAGAAGGCCCAGAUACUCGGAAACGGGGAAGGAUCAAAGGAUUCAGACAGCUCGGCAGGCCACCGGGGAAGCUUGAGCCGAAAGCAUGGGCGAUGGAAGAGUCGCCCAGACAACCCAGGUGUCCUGGUGGCCAAGGUAGUGAGAGCCGUCACGGUGAAGCACAAGCCUGGACGCAGGAUGCCAGUCUACCUGGAUUCCUCGAGCAGGAGGAACCUGACCGAGCUCAGAGGGGAUGCCCAGCUGGCAGUGUUCCAGCACGGGGACACAGGCAGUGUGGAAGGGGCACCACAGCCCACCGAGAACAACUUCACUCCCAAGUGUGAGAUCACGGGGAAAGAUGCGCUGUCUGCAUUAGCCAGAGCCAGCAGUAAGCAGUGUCAGCAGGAGAUUGCCAAUGUGGUGUGCCUGCACCAAGCAGGGAACCUAAUGCCACGCUCUCUGCCCCGGCAGUGCCAACUCUCAGGGAAAGUCAGCCCAGUGAUCCAGUGGGAUGAGAGCAGGAUGCUUCAGGUCUCCGUGAGCGAGCCAGUCCGGAUUGCAUACAUGUUGGUGGUUCAUGGGCGAGCCAUCCGCCAGCUGAAGCGCCUCAUCAAGGCCGUGUAUCAUCAGCAACAUUUCUUCUACAUCCAUGUUGACAAGCGCUCUACUUACCUACAUCGUGAAGUGUUGGGGGUGGCCCAGCAUUAUACCAACAUCCGGGUCACCCCCUGGAAUAUGGUCACUAUCUGGGGUGGAGCCAGCCUGCUGAAGAUGUACCUGCGAAGUAUGAAGGAUCUGCUAGAGAUGACGGACUGGCCCUGGGACUAUUUCAUCAACCUAAGUGCCACAGACUACCCUACAAGGACCAAUGAGGAGCUGGUGAUUUUCCUGUCAAAAUAUAGAGACAAGAACUUCCUGAAGUCUCAUGGCCGAGAUAAUGCCAGGUUCAUCAAGAAGCAGGGUCUAGAUCGACUUUUCCAUGAAUGCGACUCACAUAUGUGGCGGCUGGGCGAACGACAGAUCCCUGAGGGCAUCGUGGUGGAUGGUGGCUCUGAUUGGUUUGCCCUCACUCGCAGUUUUGUGGAGUACGUGGUCUACACCACUGACAAACUAGUCUCCCAGCUACAGCAGUUCUACACGUACACACUUCUCCCAGCAGAGUCCUUUUUCCAUACCGUCCUGGAGAACAGCCACGCCUGUGAUACCCUGGUAGACAAUAACCUCCGUGUGACAAACUGGAACCGCAAACUGGGCUGCAAGUGCCAGUACAAGCACAUUGUGGACUGGUGUGGCUGCUCACCGAAUGACUUCAAGCCACAGGACUUCUUGCGACUGCAGCAACUCUCCAGACCCACCUUCUUUGCCCGGAAGUUUGAAUCAACCAUCAAUCAGGAGGUGCUGGAGAUCUUGGACUCCCAUCUCUAUGGUAACUACCCACCUAACACACCAGCCCUCAAGGCCUAUUGGGAGAGUGUCUAUGACUUCGUAGACGGGCUGAGUGGGCUCAACGACGUCACCUUGACUGUGUACACAUCCUUCUCCAGGCUUGGGCUACUGAAAGUGACAUCUACACAGGCACAGAAAGAUGAGAGGCUUUGCAGAUUUGAGCCGCAGGGCUUCCCAUCCAGUGUGCAUCUAUAUUUCUAUGAUGACCAAUUCCAGGGUUACUUGGUGACUCAGGAGGUGCAGAACUCCGUAACACAGCAGACAGAAUCUCUAGAAAUAUGGAUGAUGCCCCGAGGGACUCUUAAACUAGCCAGUCAUGGGAGACAAACGAACCGUCUGCAGAAUCUGGAGGUGGGAACUGAGUGGGAUCUCAAGGAAAGGAUCUUCCGCAACUUUGGUGGUCUGAUUGGGCCUUUUGAUGAGCCAGUAGCGAUGCAGAAAUGGUCACGGGGCCCCAACCUCACAGCCACCGUUGUCUGGAUUGAUCCCACCUACGUCAUUGCCACAUCCUAUGACAUCACUGUUGAUGCAGAGGCGGAGUUCACACAGUACAAGCCGCCCCUGAACCGGCCUCUUCGCCCUGGUGUGUGGACCAUCCGUCUUCUCCAGUUCUGGGAACCCCUGGGAGAGAGCCAAUUCUUGGUGGUCCCGCAGACCUUCAAUCGCAAGCAGCCUCUCAGGAAAGAUGAUGGCAAAUGGCUGCACUCCGGUCCUCCCCGCAAUGAAUACAUGGAACAGAAUUUCCAGGGCCUGGCUGGGAUCUUGAGCCUGCCACGUUUGGAUGAAACAGAGCGAGCUGCCCAUCAGCACACACAGCUGGUGGGCAAGGCUCUGGAGAACUGGACAGACAGCAGCAUCAGCAGCUUCUGGUUGGUGGCUGGCCUUUGCAUGGCAAGUCCUUCCAGUUGCUCCACCCUGGAGCUGUGUAGCAAAACCUCUUGGAGUUCACUUUCCCCAGACCCCAAAUCAGAACUGGGGGCCAUCAAGCCUGAUGGGCGGCUGAGGUAGCAGGGGCAGCCGGCAGCACAUUGUUGGGAGCAAGGAAGCAUCUACGCGGCAGGUGGGCAUACGUUCCCCUGCACACACAAACACACACAGGGAGAACUCCAGACUACAUCAUCCUGUGAUAAUGCACUUGGGCAAAUGCAAGAGAGGAUUCUGAAAGCAGACAGCUAUCUCCCUUUGUCUGUGGUGCACAGAUGAUGUAAAGAUGGAGGUCCCACCCACCAUUCUCAGGAUUGGCCAGAGAAAACAUGUGGAUGGGAGGAGCUUACCUGUUCAUGAAUCCAAGCAAUGGAAACUGAGCUGGCAGGUAAGCUGCUGGCUUCUUGGCUCCAACAUGCUCUUCCCAACCAAGGAUAAUGUUCUACAAGAUCAGGACUCAUUGUUCCCAAAUGGUUGCUGGCAAAGAAUUCUGGGAAAUGGGGGGGGGAGGGUAAGUUGGGAAUGCAGGCAGCUAGGCUGUCACUGUGACUGUGUCCUCUGAGCAGCUGGUGCUGACUUGACGCUCGAUUCCCAUCUUCCCACCCCAUCCUUUUUGGUUCAUAUUUUUUUAAAUAAAUGUUACGUGUAUGUAUAAAGCAAAGUGCAAUAGAAACCACGGUCAUUUCCCCCCACCACCUCCAAAGGGAGGAUCUCAGUGUCUCCAUUUUCUUUUUAUACUGUAACAUAUCUUGUUGUCUUUGAUUCUGUAGGCAUGCAAAGAGGGCGAAAUGCUUGGUUUUCUCCUAAUGGUGCUCACAGCUUGGCUCUUGCUACAGAUAAUUAGAGAGAGGGAGAGGCUCUCUCCUUUUGUCCAAUGCAGAACUACCCCUCUCAAGCACACACUUUAGCUAGAAGCCAGGAAGGAACCAGGCCUCUCUAGCUACUGUGCCAAGCUCCCGAUGAACAGAGCUGCUAGUCUGUGCCAAACUGAUGUAUCUGUUCGAGCCCCUUCAACAGUGUCUCAGAACCCACCUGGUUCUUCCUCCUUUUGUUAGCCUGAAACCUGGUUGGUACUGUAUUUGGUGGCCUCUCUCAUAGAGCUUGGUAAUGACUCUGCCUGUCCAAUGCAAAGGGUAGUGUAGGGUAUCUGUAGAUAUGUACUAAAUUCCCCCACUUGCUCUCACGACGAAUUCUCUUUCCACUGGGUCGGCGCAGUCUCUCUGCACCUGCUACAUCUGCCACAGGCAGUAGUCAGCCCUGACUCCCCUAUCCUCCACUUCCCCUCAGUCUGCUGGUUGGGUUUUGGUUUUUCAUUUAACAUUGUUAAAUAAGUCAUAAUUUGUGUGUCUUCCCACACACACAUACACAUGCUCACACACCAGCUCUCUAAAGCUGAAUGCGUUCCAGGCAAAAACAGUGUUUUUUCAUCCUCUGGGAUUGUCCCUGUUCUGUAUUUAAUGUUGUCCAAUGUAUGAUUAUAUGAUCCGUCAUGUACAGCCCAGUUUUUGAGUGAACCACCCCCCCCCCCAGUUGAACUGGGGACAGCAGUGCCUGGGGCUUUUUUUCCUAACAGUGGUUCUAAAACAAAAGUGUUAAGGGAAAGGGGACUCCCCUCGGACAACCUUUUCCCCCAAUGUGUGCCAUAUCAAAUUUCAGAGCGAACCCCUAGAUGAUGACUUGACAUGGGGAUGAAUUGUUGUUGCUGUCUUUUCAAGGGAGUUUAGAAAGUGGCUCUUUGUUUUCAGUUGAGCUAGGCCUAAGGUUCAGAGUUCUGAUGUAGACCUGGCAAGAUUUUUGGAUCUCAGGGUUUGGAUUGAACUGACCCUUUCAUGAGAGAGGGCUUGCCUGCAUUUUCUCAAAACAUCAGCGUUUUCUAGAUCAGACAUGAAGAUCAUAAACAAUAUCUGGCCUUUACUUUAAGAUGGCUUGGGUGGUGCUAAUGUUUUUUUAAAGGAAUGGCUCUUUUGGAAUGGGAUUUGCCAGACCCAGAACUCCUAUGCAGGGGAGGGGGCGGGGCUGGUUAAUUUGUUCUUUUGCUUGAGAUCUGCAUAUCCCUAGCCACCACAUACUACCCAUUGUUUUUGAUAAUGGUAAUUAGCCCCUGCCUCUAGAAAGUGGACUCAUGAAAUGUAUUUUUGUGUUCUGAGCCAAGGGGAGGGUUGGACUAGGCAAGGCAUUAAACCUGUUCCAAAGAAUGAAUGCCGAAAGCUUUGUGUUGGAAGCAUUGUGUAAAGUUGUCUGAAAUAUGCAACACAAAUACAUCUAUAUCUCUA